AUGCCUCAGACAGACAAGCAAAUAUGCAUCCCUCCGGAGCUUCCAGAAUUGCUGAAGCAGUUUACCAAAGCUGCCAUCCGGACCCAGCCUACGGAUCUGAUCCAAUGGGCUGCUGACUAUUUUGGAGCCAUGUCCCGAGGAGAGAUUCCUCCAGUGAGAGAGCGAUCUGAGCGAAUCCCAUUGUCUAACUGGGCCGAACUCACACCUGAACUGCUAAAGAUCCUUCAUUCUCGGGUGGCCGGAAGGCUGAUCAUACAUGCUGAUGAACUGGCCCAGAUGUGGAAGGUGCUGAGUCUCCCAACAGAUCUAUUUAACAGUGUGAUGAAUGUCGGACGCUUCACUGAAGAGAUUGAAUGGCUCAAGUUUUUAGCUCUGGCUUGCAGUUCUCUUGGAGUUACCAUAGCCAAAACCCUCAAGAUUGUGUGUGAAGUUUUAUCAUCUGAACAUGAUGGCGGACCUCCCCGAAUCCCUUUUAGCACUUUUCAGUUUCUUUACACAUAUAUUGCUGAAGUGGAUGGGGAGAUUUCAGCAUCCCACGUCAGUCGAAUGCUGAACUACAUUGAACAAGAAGUAAUCGGUCCCGAUGGUUUAAUCAAGGUGAAUGACUUUACCCAAAAUCCCAGGGUACGGCUGGAAUAAAAAUGCAACUCCAGCAAUUUUAAAGGAAGGAAGAUACAGAGAUAAUUGUGCUUCAUAAUGACUGCACCCCAUACAACAUCCAAUGUCAAUUUUCUUGUACAACUGGUACAC